AUGCGCUUCUCUACCUCUGCCGUCGCUCUCGCCGCCGUCAGCCUCACCUCUGCUCUACCAACCAACACGUAUCCCUCUACUCCUACUAGCUGCAUAACUUCAGUCUCUUCUUCUACAAAUUGCAGCAGUGCAACUCCCACUCCUCAGCCAUGCAAGCUUUCGUGUCCGCCUCCGCCCAGCUGCAAUACUUCCUGCCCGCCUCCGCCCGACUGCCACAAUUCCUGCCCAACCCCACCAGUAAACACACCAUGCGGCAAUCCUACAGGCUCUAACAUUAUCAAGCCUAGAGUCAACUCCCUGUACGAGGUCUGGACAGGCGCAGUCCGUCACAACACGACCAAAGGCAAGAUCUUCAAGGAUGGCAAAACCACCGACAUUACCACCCUCCUUACCUUUGACUUCCCUCCUGAGUCUGCAGGCAAGACGUGUAGCUUCCACUUUGACCUUGCUUCUGAUGCGUCAGCAAAGGUCUCUGGUACUGGACAGUUUGACGUGUUUACCGCUCUUGCCCCUGCUGCUAGCAGCACGUCUUCCUGGCCCUCAGGCAACCUAAGGAACCAGCAUCUCGGUCGUAUGACUGCGCAGCGCAGUGGCGCAGCAACUUGGGUAUCCGGGUUCCCUGCUCUCGGCCAGGGCUUUCCUUGUCCGGCUGGGAAAACAUAUGGUGGAGAGUUGGUGGGCGUAGGCGACGCUGAUUUUAUCGAGUGGCUCGCUGGAACAUCAGGAGCAUCUAUUCAGUGGUGUUAG